UCUCCCUCUCUCUCUCGCUUUUCCAUCCGGUUGUUGCGGCGGCGGCGGCGGCGAUGGCGGCGGAGGACGUGGAGUUCGUGGACUACGAGCGCGGCGACGGCGACGAGGACGACGACGGGAUGGAGGACGAGGAGGAGGAGGAGGACGGGGAGGUCUCGGCCCGCGCGCUCCCCGUGCCCCACAUCGCCGCCCCCGCCGUGCCGCGCACCAGCAGGGGCCGCUUCGUCGGCCGCAGCCGCUCCGUCAUCGCCUCCACCCGCGACCGCUUCGACUCCAUCCCCUUCGCCGCCAGCUCCGCGCACGGCGGCCCGCAGCGCUCAAUUGAAGGAUGGAUAAUAAUUGUCUCAGGAGUCAAAGAAGAUGCAGAAGAAAGUGAUCUGUAUGAUGCUUUUGCUGAGUUUGGUGAGGUCAAGGACUUGCAUCUCAACCUGGAGCGCCGCACUGGAUAUGGCAAGGGAUAUGCAUUGGUUGAAUAUGGAAUUUUUGAGGAAGCACAAACUGCAAUCAGAAGAAUGAAUGGGACAGAGCUGCUAACAAAGACUAUCCAUGUUGAUUGGGCAUUCAACAGAGGUCCUAUACAGAACGUCAUGAGUGCAGGGCCAGCACAGCGACGAUCGAGGACUCCGCCUCGAAGGCUUGCUGCCAUGACAUACUGAGAGGGAGCUGCUAGGCCUGCAACCUUGGGCCAGCAUUGGUCAGUGUUUUUUUGGUAGUCGCCAGGGAUUUGCUAUGUCGUAGUAGAUGUUAGUCUUAUUAACCGUCGUCUUCCGGCAGCAAGCGGUAACCGAACAAUGAACCGGGUAUGUAUUGUCCAGAAACCGAGUCCUGAUUCUGCUAGCCUGUACUGAGCUUGUUCAGCGGCUUGGCUCACGAACUUUGGUAUAUUGAAUGCAUGAUGCAAAUUGGAUGGAUCAA